CGGAACCGGAAACGCGAUCCUAGGACACUGAACCUGGAAUCCGCCCCGGGCGACGGGCCAAUGACAGCCCGGGAUCGCAGGGCCGCUCCGGGCCGGGACUUCCUGCGUUCCAGGUCAGCCAGCCCGGCCCGUGCAGCGGAUCGCGCGCCCGCGUCUCCCUCCCUUUUCGGAGCUAGGUGGCCGAGAUCGGGGGAUGGGCCCCUGCUCCGCCCGGCGCCCCGGAGACGCAGGUCCGCCAGGUCCGCCCGCGCCUCGCUUCCCGCACGCCGGGAUCAGCCGGGAGCCCCAGGCCCGCCGUGCCCCGGGGUCAGGUGAAGCUGUUCGGUACCCGCCGACUCGGCUGCGAGCCCCGGCACUGAUGGCGGCAUUAGGCGCUGAUCCGUCUCCGGCGGCUCCGCUGCGAGCCGGGGCAGCGAUGGUGGUGGCGACGGCGCUCAGGGCCCCGGCACAGGGCUGUGUGACCUUUGAGGACGUGACCAUUGACUUCUCCCAGGAGGAGUGGGGGCUCCUUGAUGAGGCUCAGAGGCUUCUGUACUGCGAUGUGAUGCUGGAGAACUUUGCCCUUAUAGCCUCGCUGGGUCUGACGUCUUUCAGGUCUCACGUAGUUGCCCAGCCGCAGAUGGGGGCAGAGCCGUGGGUGCCUGACAGGGUGGACAUGACAUCAGUCAUGGCAAGAAGGGCGUACAGUGGACUUGUCUCUGGUUUUGGCUGUGGAGCCGAGGGUGAGCGUAGUGUGUCUGCAGAAGGAGUGUCACAGGACAGGAAGCUCAAAGAGGCUCUGUGCAACCAGAAAAACUACUCCCGUGACGCACGUGGCCUGCCCUUGAAAGACGUUUCGCACCUGACCGAACACCAGGCAACACUUCCCAGGCAGAAACCAGAUGCGUGUGAGGCUACUGGGAGAGGGUCAGAGUCCAGUACAAACCUUCAGCAGCAGCAGAACAUAGACAAGCCUGGCAGAAGGGUUGAGGACAGGGCCUCCCUUGUGAAGACCUGCAGAGAUGACACAUCAAAGGAGCCUCUCACAGUCAGGGCGGUUGGGAAGGACUUCGCGGGCGGUAGGGCCACAUCCGGCUUUCUCCAGCGCCAGGUCGUUCACAGAGUGGAGGAGCCUCCCCAGAGCACUGGCCCACAAAGUCACAACAAGUGCAGUGAAUUUGGGAACGCUUUCCCUGACAAGCCCGCACCUGUUCGGCACCAGAGAACCCACACUGGGGAAAGGCCUUUUGAGUGCAACAGAUGUGGGAUAUUCUUUAGCCACGCCUCCGGUCUCUCUCAGCACCAGAGAGAUCACAAUAGAGGAAAGCCUUAUGAGUGCUCCGAAUGUGGGAAGUUCUUCAGCCGACACUCUAGUUUCAUGAGACAUCAGAGAGUUCACACUGGGGAAAGCCCUUAUGUGUGCAGCGAAUGUGGGAAGUUCUUUAGCCAAAGCUCCAACCUCAUUCAGCAUAAGAGGGUGCACACUGGAGAGAAGCCUUAUGAGUGCCGUGAGUGUGGGAAGGCCUUCAGCCAGCACUCCAAUCUCAUUCAUCAUAAGCGGGUCCAUACAGGCAGAAGCGCGCAUGAGUGCAGAGAGUGUGGGAAGUCUUUCAACUGCAACUCCAGCCUCAUUAAGCACUGGAGGGUUCACACUGGAGAAAGACCUUAUAAGUGCAAUGAAUGUGGGAAAUUCUUCAGCCGCAUCUCCAGUCUCAUCCAACAUCAGAUCAUCCACACUGGUGAACGGCCUUACCGGUGCAGCGAAUGUGGGAGAUCCUUCAUCUGGAGCUCUGACCUCAUGAAGCAUCAGAGAGUCCACACUGGGGAGCGGCCUUAUGAGUGCAGCGAAUGUGGGAAAUUGUUUAGCCAGAGCUCCAGCCUCCAUAGCCAUCGGAGACUUCACACUGGGGAACGGCCUUAUCAGUGCCCUGAAUGUGGGAAAUUCUUUAAGCACAGCUCCAGCCUUCAUAGCCAUCGGAGACUUCACACUGGUGAGCGGCCUUAUGAGUGCCUCGAAUGUGGCAAAACCUUCAGCAAGAGGGCUACCCUUGUCCGGCACCAGAAAAUUCACACAAGAGAAAAGAGUGCGGAGAAUGUGCAUCCUCCCCCAGCACAACAAGGUGCACAGGUGAUAAGCUCUGAGAACAGUCUUGAUGAGGGGGCCAUCAGCCAGAGGGUGAACCUUGUUCAUCCCAAUGUCCACAAUGGGCAGAGUCCCUAUGAAUGCUAGUUUUGCUGGAAGCUUUCUGGAACAAAGUAGCAUUUUUCUCACCAUGGACUCUACCAGAGCCUCGCCACUGUGAGUGUUUGAGGUAGAAGCCAUGGAGCUCUGGCAGGUCUCCAAGAAUAUGUGUCAGCCAGUCCCUGUGUUUGGACCUCUUCCUUUUCUGAGAGGGAAUCCUGAGUAGCCUGAGGCCAAGGAAGAUGUCAUUCCUUCCCUCUGUGACCAGCGUAGCUAUGGACAUGACCCAUCUUUGACUGUGAAGACCUGAGCUGGGUUCUGCUGGCAGCUUGCAGAGAAGGUUUCCCUUCUUUCAAAGACAUGGCUGAUCUCAUAUGAUGCCCAUAAUGGAUUUAUCCAGGCUCCACAUUACCCAUCCCAACAAGCACCUACUUUACAUUGCCUUAAUGAUCAAGCCACCUUUAAUCAGAUUGUUUUGAUCAUUGGGAAGUGGGUUGAGAACACAGUUGAGGUCUACCAAUCGAAAAGGGUUUCUAAAUGUAUUGCCUCAGAGGAAGAGCAGAAUGGUGGAAAGAAAAUAGCUCUCGGUCCAGAUUUGGCCUCCAUUGUGUUGCUACUCAAGGUCUCCUGGGAAUGAUGGUAGGAUUUUGUGGGCCUAAUGUUGGGAUCUGAGUGGCGGGUAUUUUUGUGAGCCAGAGAUGACCCUGAGGAUGGGGCAGUUAUGACAACCUCCUCUGCAUCUGGGAGCGGUAUGAAUAGGGCCCCAUGUUUCCACAGAAUGCCUCACAUUCCCUAGCACUGUUAAGUAUACACUGUUUACCUGACAUCUGCCAAGGAGCCAUUUGCCUUGAAGUUUACCAUCUGGUAUUCAGGUGUCCUGUUAGGUUUACUGGCCCAAUUGAGACCAUAAUUGGUAUGGAAACACUGGGUGUGAGACUAGAAUAGCCGAGUCUGUAGCAAGCUAAAGCGAAUGUACCUGUUCUAAAAGUACAUCCACAAAUAUUCCUUUCAAUGUGACUGUGCAGGAUUCAGGCUUUGCAGAAAUUCUCAGGACCUCCAGACCUCUGUUCUAUGACUUAGGUCACUGACAGAGCAAAUAUCUAAAGAUUUUGUGGGUAAUAAGGCUCCCUGCACUUUUCGUGCCACAGCUGUUGCUGCUUUGGCGGGAGAAUGGGGCUGAGAGAAGGCAGAUCUGUACUCCAGGGGUGCAGCAUUUGUAACAUAGCCAUUUUUCCUGCCAAGGCAUGAGAGAGAAAGAGUCAAUGUAGGAUUGCCAAAUCCUCUAAUUUUCUGACAUGAAUGGGAGAUGAGAUUUUUAUGUGCAACAAUUUCUUUAAAUGCUUUGUUGAGAUACAGUUGUCAUUCAACAGUCAAACGUAUUUGAUGUGCACAGUUUAAGAAGUUUUUCAGUAUGUUUGCACUCAGGGAACCAACACCAGAACCAUGACAAUGGACCUAUCCGUCACCCACAAAGCUACCUCAUGGCUUUUACUAUUCCUCCUUGCCUUCCCAGUAAACCAUUGAUUUCCUUUUCUUUCUUUUUUUUUUUUUAACUACAGAUUUGUUUGCCUUUCUUAGAAUUUUAUACAACUGGAAUCAUAAAGUAUUUAUACCUUAUUUUUGGUCUAUUUUCUUUCACAACAUAAUCAUCUGGAGAAUUAUCCAUGCUGUAUGUGUGAACGGGUCAUUCUUCUUGCUAUUGCAUAGUGCUUUCGAGUGAAUUCAUCAAAAUUUUUUAUGCUUUAUUUUUUAAAUUAAAAAAUUUCUGGGAAAAUACACAUAACAUAAAAUUUACCAUCCAGACCAUCUCUAAGUGCCUAGUUCAGGAGUAUUAAGUACAUUCAUAUUGUACAGCCAUCACCACCAUUCACAUCCCGAGCUCUUUUCAUCUUGCAAAACCAAAAGUCUGUAGCCAUUAAACAAUAACUCCAAAGUCUCUCCCUGCUGCCAAGCCCCUGGAAACUGCCGUUCUACUCUCUGUCUCUCUGAACUUGAUUACCCCAGGUACCUCCUAUGAAGAGAGUCAUCUAGUAUUUGUCUUUUUGUGGCUGGUUUAUUUCACUUAGUAUAAUGUCCUCAAGGUUCAUCCGUAUUUUAUGCCAUGUGUCAGAAUUUCUUUUUAAGGCUGAAUAAUAUGCCAUUGUAUUUCUGUGCCAUAUUUUUGCUUAUUCACUCAGCUGUUGAUGGUUAUUUGGUUUACUUCCACCUUUUAGCUGUUGUGAACCAUGCAGCUGUGAACAUGGGUGUACAAAUAUGACGUGAGGUUCAAUCCCAGGACCCCGAGACCACUACCCAAGCCGAAGGCAGCAUCCCAACCCACUGAGCCUCCCAGGUGCCCCACUAAUUAUAAGUUUAUUCAGUUAUUCUCUUCAUGGUUUAGUCUUGAUAGGAUUUGUGUUUCUAAGGAUUAUCUAUUUCAUCUAGGUUCCAUUUUUUUGUGUAUGUGUGUACGAUUGUUCAACGUACUCUCAUAAUCUUUAUUUCUGUAGAAUUGGUAGUAAUGUCUCCACUUGUAUUUCUGAUUCUAGUAAUUUGAGUCUUCUCUCUUCUUUUAGUCACUCUAGCUAAAGAUUGGUCAAUUUUGUUAACUUCAUGAAGAACCGUCUUUUGGAUUUGUUUGUUUUUCUCUAUUGUUUUUCUAUUCUCUAUUUUUAAAAAUCUCUCAUCUUUAUUAUUUCUUAACUUUGUCUACUCUUGGUUUAGUUCUUUUUCUAGUUCUCUAAGUUGCAAAGUAAGGUUGUUGAUUUGAGAUCUUUCUUCGUAUAAGCCUUCUUCCUUCCCUCCCUCCCUCCCUCCCUUCCUGUGCACGUGCCCAUAUGGGCAGGAGGUGGAGGGGAGGAAGAGAGGAAAAGAAUCUUAAGCAGACUGUGCAUGGAGUGUAAAGCUUGACCUGGGGCUUGAUCUCACAAUCCUGAGAUCGUGACCUGAGCCAAAAUCAACAGUUGGACACUUAAACGACUGAACCACCAGAUGCCCUGUGUUUUUGUAUUCUUUCAUCUUGGGUGUUUUCUAAUAUUCCAAGUGAUUUCUCCUUUGUUCCAUUGAUUGUUUAAGCAUGCAUUAUUUAAUUUCCACAAAUAUGUGAAUUUUCCAAUUUGCCUUUUGUCAGUUUCUAACUUCAUCCUUUUGAGAUUACAUAGUUUGUAUAAUAUCUUUUGAAACCUAUUAAGCUUUAAUUUGUGACCUAAUGUGGUCUAUCAUGGAAAUGUCCCAUAUUGCACUUGAGAACAAUGUUUUCUCUUGAUGGUGGCUAGAGUAUUGUGUACAUUUCUGUUAGAUCUGAUUGGUUUAUUGUGGUGUUCAAGACCUUUAUUUUCUUAAGGACUCUUUUCCAUUAUUGAGAGCAGGAUAUUUAAGUCUCCAACUACGGUAAAAUUGUUUUUUCCUGUCAGUUUUUGAGUUUUAUAUUUUCUUGGUCUGUUAAUAGUUUUAUAAAUGUUUAUCGUUGUUAUACCUUUUGCCAUAUAAAACCUUUUAUUAGGAUAGAAAAAUGUCCAAAUUUAUAUUGUAUACUUACUUGUAUGGAAUGUUUUUCCAUCCUUUCACUUUCCACCUACUUGUGUCUUUGGCUGUAAAGUUAGUCUCUGUAGACAGUAUAUAGUUAGAUAAUUUUUUUUUAAAGAUUUUAUUUAUUUAUUUGCCAGAGAAAGAGAGGGAGAGAGAGAGCGCGCGCAAACGAGCACAGGCAGACAGAGUGUCAGCAGAAGCAGAGGGAGAAGCAGGCUCCCGGCCGAGCAAGGAGCCUGAUGUGGGACUCGAUCCCAGGACGCUGGGAUCAUGAACUGAGCCGAAGGCAGCUGCUCAACCAACUGAGCCACCCAGGUGUCCCUUUUUUUUUUUUUUUUUAAAUAUUUUAUUUAUUUAGUUAGAUAAUUUUUUAAACAUCCAUUGUGUCAGUCUGUGUCUUGCUUGGAGAGUUUAAUCCAUUUACAUUGACAUAAUUACAACGAGGGAUUUACUUCUGUGAUUUUGCUAUUUGUUUUCUCUGUGGCUUUUUUGCCCUCCAUUUCCUAUAUUACUGUCUUUUGUAUUUUUAUUUUUUUAAUGUGAAGUGUUUUAAUUCCCUUCUCAUUUCUAUUUGUGUAUAUUCUAUCACUAUUUUCUUUGUGGUUACCGUGGAGAUUAUCUUGAAUAUUCAAAAAUUAUUGACACUCUGGGGUGCCUGGGUGGGUCAGUGGGUUAAAGCCUCUGCCUUCGGCUCAGGUCAUGAUCCCAGGGUUCUGGGACCGAGCCCCACAUGGAGCUCUCUGUUCAGCGAGGAGCCUGCUUCCCUUCUUUUCUCUCUGCCUGCCUCUCUGCCUAAUUGUGAUCUCUGUCAAAUAAAUAAAUAAAAUGUUUUUUAAAAUUUAUUAACACUCUAAGUUGAAUUUAUAUCAACCUAACUUCAAUACCAUACAACAACUCUGCUCCCAUGUAAUUCCAUCCCCAACUCUUUCAGUUAUUGAUACUGAUACUAUACAUUUUAUGUCCAAAACAUAGGCUAAUGGCUAAUGAUUGUUCUUAAAAAUGCACAAGCUGCAUGAACUUUUUUAAAAAGAUUUUAUUUAUUUAUUUGACAGAGAGACAGCAAGAGAGGGAACACAAAGAGGGAAGUGGGAGAGGGUGAAGCAGGCUUCCAACUGAGCAGGGAUCCCGAUGCAGGGAUCCUGGGAUCCUGAUUGUGAUCCUGAGCUGAAGGCAGCCACUUAAUAGCUGACCCACCCAGGUGCCUCCUGCAUGAACUUUUAAAUCAUGUAGAAUUUUUUUAAAAGAUUUUAUUUAUUUAUUUGACAGAAAUCACAGGUAGGCAGAGAGGCAGGCAGAGAGAGAGGAAGGGAAGCAGGUUCUCUGCUAUACAGAGCACCUGAUGCAGGGCUUGAUCCCAGGACCCUGGGAUCAUGACCCGAGCCCAAGGCAGAGGCCUUAACCCCCUGAGCCACCCAGGUGCCCCAAAUCAUGUAGAAUUUUUAAAAUGGUAAAUUGUCCAUGUAUUUAUAUUUACAAGUGAUCUUUAUUCCUUCAUAAUGCCCUUUGAUUUCAAGUGGAAGGACUCCCUUUAGCAUUUCCUGCUGGGAAGAUCUAGUGGUAAUAAGCUUCCUUGGAUAUUGCUUAUCUAGGAAUUAAUUCUCCUUCCUUUUGAAAGACAAUUUUACCAGAUAUGUGAUUCAUGGUUACCAUUUCUCUUUUCUUUUAAUAUUUUGAAUGUACCAGCCCACUGCCUUCUGGCUUCUAAGGAUUCUGAUGAAGAAUCUGUGGAUAAUUUUACUGAAUAUCCUUUGUAUGUGACAAGUCCUCUCUCCUGUGCCUUUCAAAUUUUUCUGUCUUUGUCUUUUGACUGUAAUUUGUCUUGAUUUGGGCUUCUUUGAAUUUAUUCCUGAGGUUCAUUGAGCUUCUUGGAUGCUUAUAUUCAUGUAAUUCAUCAAAUUGCGGAAGUUAAUUCUUCAAGUUAUCUCUCUCCUUUCUCUCAUCUCCUGGAACUCCUACAAUACGUAUAUUGUUCUGCUUGAAGGUGUUCCAGAGGUGCCUUAUAUUCUGUUCACUUUCAUCUUUUUUUCUUUAAUUUUCCUAUCUUGAAGUUCACUGAUUCUUCUGUAUUGUCACAUCUGCUUUUGAAUCCCUCUAGCAAAUUUUUCAUUGCAAUUAUGGUAAUUUUAGCUCCAGAGUUUUUUUUUUUUUUUUUUUUUUUUUUUUUUUUUUAUGUUUUCUGUAUCUCGAGAUAUUUCCAUUUUGUUCAUACAGUACUCUCUUGCCUUUCUCCUUGUCUUCCUUAGUUAUUUGGUCAUCUGUAAGAUAGUCUUUUUAGUCUUUGUCUAAUGGAGCUGCCAUCAGAUCUUAAGAGAUAGUUUCUGAUGAUUUUCUUUCCCCCUGAAUGGGCCAUACUUUCCUGUUUCUUUAUAUGCCUUGUGAUUUUUUUUUUUUUUUGAACAGUGGACAAUUUAAAGUUAAUAAUGUGUUAAUUCUGGAAAUAAAUUUUUUUUUAAUAUUUAUUUAUUUGACAGAGAUCAGAAGUAGGCAGAGAAGCAGGCGGAGAGAGGAGGAAGCAGGCUCCCCACUGAGCAGAGAGCCCAAUGCGGGGCUUGAUCUCAGGACCCCAAGAUCACGACCCAAGCUGAAGGCAGAGGCUUUAACCCACUAAGCCACCCAGGUGCCCUGGAAAUAAGAUUCUUAAUCUUUCCCCAGGGUUUGCCAUUUUUACUUAAUUUUUAAAAUUUAACUGUUAUAAGCUGUCUCUGCUGGGGAACAGCCUGUGGUAUAUCUCAGGUCUUUUCUGAGCCUGUGCCUUGACUUUCAAAAUUCUCCUAUAUAUGUGAUUGCUUUGGAAUGUCUUAAUCGUAAAUAUUUGGCUCCCAAAAAGAGAGAGUGGAAAAAUGAAGGGGAAAAAAUGUGCUGGUACUUUCAAUUCCCUGGAAGUCACUCUGCCAGAGAGGGAGGGGCUUGCAGCAAUUGGAUAAGGGUUGCACAAAUGGCUGCCCACUGUGUGUUUUCAUCUCUGCUAUCAGGUUGGAGCACAGAUCCUCAACAUUUGGAGAGUGGGGUUCUACCUAGACUCCCAAAAAUUGCAUGCAAGGUGCUCCAGGGACACACAAAUGGCUGCCUGCUACAGGGCAAGGGGAUAAGGGAUGGGAGCUGCUACAGUGCUAAGGACUGACACUGACCCAAAUUAACUGUCAUUUACUACUGCUUAAGCCUUCCUCUGGAAGUUGUAAGCCUUUGAAUGGACCCCAGAGUUCCAAAGUAGUUACAAUAGACACAAUUCUGCCAGUACAGUUUUUGUCAGAGUAGGGAGAUGACUUCCUAAUGCUUCUUAUCUACUGUCUUUGCAGAAUCCUUAUUCAAACACACUGUAACUUUUUAACACUUUUAUAUGUUAUAUGACAUGGGUUUUUAGCUAUUCAAAAUUAAGCUAUGACUGUGAAUGUACAGGUCUUCAUAGGGGCUGAUGCUUUUGUUUCCCUUGUGAUAAUAUCUAGGAGUACAGUACCUUUGUCACAGGGCAGAGGAAUAUUUAAAUUUUUAGAAAUGGACAAACUGUGUUUUAAAGUGCUUAUACCAUGUUACUUUCCCCCAGCAGUGAAUGAAUUCCAGUUCUUCCAUAUACUAGGCAACAAUUGCUAUGAUCAAUGUUUUUAAUGUUUGCCAUUUUAACAGGUAGGUAGAAUCUCACUGUCGCUUUACCUUGCAUUUAUCUAAUGGCUCAUGACCUUGAGCAUUUUUAAAAUGUUAUUUACCACCCACAUAUCUUUGGUAAAAUGUCUUUGCAUUCAUAUCUUUUGCUUAUUGUUGAAAUAAAUGUUGGUUAAUAUUCCUCUUUUCAUUAACAAGAAUACAAUGAAACAGCAAAGAACUUUGUUGGAACUUCAGUCAUUUAUCAAUGAUAUUGGUAACUUAUUUACUUUGAGGUAGUAAGUUUGAAUAUUGAAAAUAUUUCCUCAAAAAGUUAUGUUGUUCCCAGUAGAAAACUAUAGACAUAGUACCCUUUUAAUUUGAAUUACUAACAUGUCUAUUUUCUUAAAUCAUCACAGCUAAUGAAACAAUAAGUCAAGCUCUGAGUUAGAGUGUUUACCAUGUGGCCAUUUUCAAGGUAUGACAUGCUGUCCCUGACUGGGAAGUUGGAAACUAUGUGGACACCAUUCUAUUCUAUUCUAUUCUAUUUCCAUCACAGAGAUGCAACAGAUGUAAAUAAACUUAUUAUUUAACUUAAUAGA